UAGGCUUUUACUUAUGUAUUAAUUUCAUAAUACUGUAGCUCCUGGAGACUUAUCCCCUUUAUUAUUAUUACUUUUCUCAUAAAGUAUCUCUGGCGUCUUCCUCGAGAGGAAGAGCACAAAGCGUGCGUAAGAAGUGAUGGUCAAGAAAAAAGUGCAAAGAGAUGGAAAAAGUUCUUUGACGAGAGCCAGCUGGGCUGCUGUGGCCCAGGACAUUGCACUGGCCACGCCGGUCCUUACGUAUAGUCCGUAUAAACCGUCAAGACAACGUGCCUCUGAGGAGGCAGCUCCUCCGCUCCAGCAGAGCUUCAUGAUCCCCAAGAAGGAGAUAAACAUGGUUUCCGACAUGGGCAAGUGGAAACGCUCGCAGGCGUACGCGGAUUACAUGGGCUUCAUCCUCACCCUCAACGAAGGCGUCAGGGGCAAGAAGCUGACCUGUGAAUACAAAGUCUCCGAGCCCAUUGAAAAGCUGGUGGCUCUUCUGAACACCCUCGACAGAUGGAUCGAUGAAACUCCCCCAGUGGAUCAACCUUCUCGCUUUGGCAACAAAGCCUUCAGGACCUGGUAUGGCAAACUGGACCAGGAAGCGGAGAAGCUGGUGGCAACAGUGAUCCCCAAGCACCUGGCUGACGCUGCGCCCGAGGUCGCCGUGUACCUGAAGGAAUCCGUGGGGAACUCCACCCGCAUUGACUACGGCACAGGGCACGAAGCAGCAUUUGCGGCAUUUCUCUGUUGCCUCUGCAAAAUCGGCGUUCUCCGAGUGGAUGACCAGAUGGCCAUUGUCUUCAAAGUGUUUAACAGGUACCUAGAAGUGAUGCGGAAACUUCAGAAGACCUACAGGAUGGAACCUGCUGGCAGCCAGGGUGUGUGGGGCUUGGACGACUUCCAGUUUCUACCCUUCAUAUGGGGCAGUUCCCAACUAAUAGACCAUCCAAAUCUGGAGCCUCGGCACUUUGUGGAUGAGAAGGUGGUAAAUGAAAACCAUAAGGACUUCAUGUUCCUGGAGUGCAUCCUCUUCAUUACAGAGAUGAAGACGGGCCCCUUCGCCGAGCACUCCAACCAGCUCUGGAACAUCAGCGCCGUGCCCUCCUGGUCCAAGGUGAACCAGGGCCUCAUCCGCAUGUACAAGGCAGAGUGCCUGGAGAAGUUCCCCGUGAUCCAGCACUUCAAGUUCGGCAGCCUGCUCCCCAUCCAGCCCGUGACGUCCUAAGGAGGCGGCGGAGGCGCCGCGCGCUGCCCUUCCUCCUCCCCC